CACAACUUGAGAAUGCACUGCAAUUUUCUCUCUGGCUUCGGAUUCUCCCGUUACAUGCACUCUCAACGCUCAAUUCUUCACCCUCUUUCUCAGCAUUUCCAAUUCAUACAAUUCUUUCAAUCUAUGGAUUAAUCUGUUGAUAAUCACUGAAUAGAUUUUAGAUCGCAUAAUUUAUAUACUGAAAUGGCUUCAGUUUCUUCAAGCCCCCGAACUGUAGAGGAGAUCUUCAAAGAUUACAGCGCUCGUCGUGGUGGAAUCGUUCGUGCUUUAACUGAUGAUGUGGAUGAAUUUUACGGCCUCUGUGAUCCAGAAAAGGAUAACUUGUGUCUGUAUGGACACUCGAAUGAAACUUGGGAAGUAAAUUUACCAGCUGAAGAAGUUCCGCCUGAGCUUCCAGAGCCAGCACUUGGGAUCAAUUUUGCUAGGGAUGGAAUGACCCGUAGAGAUUGGCUUUCUCUAAUUGCUGUGCACAGUGAUUGUUGGUUACUCUCUGUAGCUUUCUAUCUUGGAGCCCGUCUCAACCGAAAUGAAAGGAAGCGCCUUUUCAGCUUGAUCAAUGAUCUGCCCACAGUCUUUGAAGUUGUGACUGAAAGGAAACCUGUAAAAGACAAGCCAACUGCAGAUAACGGAAGCAGAUCUCGAGGCAGCAAAAAGCGAUCUAGUGAUGGUCAGGUGAAGAGCACCCCCAAACUGGCAGAUGAAGGCUAUGAGGAGGAGGACGAUGAGCAUAGCGAAACACUGUGUGGAAGCUGCGGUGGAAAUUAUGAUGCAGACGAGUUCUGGAUUGGCUGUGACAUUUGUGAGCGGUGGUUCCAUGGGAAAUGCGUGAAAAUAACUCCUGCUAAAGCCGAGAAUAUAAAGCAAUACAAAUGUCCAUCUUGCACGAAGCGAAACAGGCAGUAGUGAUUUGUUACUAAAUCAACUGAGGAUUUGUAGUGUUCAUGGCUGACGAAUUAGUAUAGCAAUGUCACCUUUCUACUAUUUUGUAAUUGUAAUGGAUCUCUCUUGUAACAGUUGAUUGCAGUGAGGAUGAAGUUUGUCUCCUCAAUUUCGUGCUUGAUUCCUAUAUUAUAAAGCUAGUAUAAACGAACUUGAUUUC